CGCCACCACCGCGCGCGCAGGGCAUGCUCGGGGCUCCGGUGCCACCCUGCGAGGACCCCGACCCGCCUGCGGAGACAUGAGACGCAGCCCGCGGGUCCCCCUGGCCCUGGGGCUGCUGCACUUCUGCCUGGCUCAGGCCAACUUUGCACCCCACUUUUUCGACAACGGAGCGGGUAGCACCAAUGGAAACAUGGCCCUGUUCAGCCUCCCGGAGGACACUCCCGUAGGUUCUCACGUGUACACCCUGAAUGGAACUGACCCCGAGGGAGACCCCAUCUCCUACCACAUCAGCUUUGAGCCCAGCACUAGGAGCGUCUUUUCUGUCGACCCCCAUUUGGGAGACAUCACUCUGGUUGAGGAACUGGACCGAGAGAGGGAGGAUGAAAUCGAAGCCAUCAUCAGCAUUUCGGACGGCCUGAACCUGGUGGCAGAGAAAGUCGUGAUACUGGUGACCGAUGCCAACGACGAGGCGCCCAGGUUCGUCCAGGAGCCUUACGUUGUCCUGGUUCCCGAGGAUGCGCCUUCCGGGAGCAGCAUCUUUAAGGUCCACGCAGUGGAUAAGGACACAGGCUCCGGAGGGAGUGUCACCUACUUCCUGCAGAACCUACACUCCACCAAGUUCACUGUGGACCGUCACAGCGGCGUGCUGCGCCUCCAGGCGGGGGCCACACUGGACUACGAGAAGUCCCGGGCUCAUUUUGUCACCAUAGUUGCCAAGGACGGUGGGGGCAGGCUUCGAGGGACCGAUGUGGUGUUCUCGGCGACUGCCACUGUCACCGUCAACAUAGAGGACGUUCAAGACACGGCCCCGUUCUUCGUGGGCACGCCCUACUAUGGCUACGUGUAUGAAGACACUCUCCCGGGCUCGGAGGUGCUGACGGUGGUCGCCAUGGACGGAGACCGGGGCAGGCCCAACCACGUCCUCUACAGGCUCGUGAACGGGAGUGAUGGAGCCUUUGAAAUUAAUGAGACUUCUGGAGCCAUCUCCGUCCUGCAGAACCCUGCCCAGCUCCGGAAAGAGGUGUAUGAGCUUCAUGUACAGGUGACAGAGGUCAGCUCUGCUGGCAGCCCAGCUGCGCAGGCCAUGGUCCCGGUCACCAUCAGGAUCGUGGACCUCAACAACCACCCGCCAACCUUCUACGGAGAGAACGGGCCUCAGAACAGGUUUGAGCUGUCCAUGUAUGAGCACCCGCCCCAGGGGGAGGUCCUGCGUGGCCUCAAGAUCACCGUCAAUGACUCUGACCAGGGAGCCAAUGCCAAGUUCAACUUACGGCUGGUGGGACCUGGAGGCAUCUUCCGAGUGGUGCCACAGACGGUCCUGAACGAAGCCCAGGUCACCAUCAUCGUGGAGAACUCAGCGGCCAUCGACUUUGAAAAGUCCAAAGUGUUAACCUUCAAGCUGCUGGCCAUUGAAGUGAACACCCCCGAGAAGUUCAGCUCCACGGCAGACAUUGUGAUCCAGCUCUUGGACACCAAUGACAAUGUUCCCAAGUUUACUUCCCACUACUACAUUGCCAGGAUCCCUGAGAAUGCCCCAGGGGGCUCCAACGUGGUGGCUGUCACAGCUGUGGAUCCAGACACAGGACCCUGGGGCAAAGUUAGGUACUCCAUCUAUGGUGCUGAGGCAGACAAGUUCCUGAUCAACCCAUCCACUGGGCUUAUCUACACCCAGCCCUGGGCCAACCUGGACGCCGAAGACACGGCCAGGUACAACUUCUAUGUGAAGGCAGAGGACGUGGAGGGUAGGCACAGCCUGGCCGAGGUGUUUGUGACUCUGCUAGACGUCAAUGACCACUACCCCCGGUUUGGAAAGAGCAUCCAGGAGAAGACGAUGGUGUUGGGGACCCCAGUGAAAAUUGAGGCCACAGACCAGGAUGCUGAGGAGCCUAACAACCUGGUGGACUACUCCAUCACCCACUCGGAGCCGGCCAACGUGUUUGACAUCGAUGCACACACAGGGGAGAUCCGGCUCAAGAACUCCAUCCGCUCCCUGGAUGCCCUGCACAACAUCACGUCCAACGGGGACUACACAUGGUCCCUAGAGGUGCAGGCCAAGGACCGAGGAUCCCCGUCCUUCAGCACCACGGCCUUGCUGAAGAUUGACAUCACAGACACAGAGACACUGUCCCGAGGAUCCAUGGCGGCUUUCCUGAUACAGGCCAAGGACAACCCCAUGAAGGCUGUGGGUGUGCUGGCCGGCGUCAUGGCCAUCGUGGUGGCCAUAACCGUCCUCAUUUCCACGGCCACCUUCUGGCGCAACAAGAAGUCCAACAAGGUCCUGCCUGUGCGGCGCAUGCUCCGGAGGCGGCCCAGCCCCACGCCCCGCACCGUGCGCCUCGAGUGGCUCAAGUUCAGGAAGGCCAAGGCCGCUACCAAGUUCAUUCUCAAAGAAGAUUGUCCCAGUGGAAACUGCAGUAACAGCAGUGCAAGAGCCACAAAGCCCCCUAGCGCUCCAGCUCUCCCACCACCCCCCAGAACGGCACCCAGUACAGUGGCCCAGUGGACGGUGCCGACAGUGUCUGGAUCCCUCACCCCCCAGGAGCCUCAACAAUCACCCAGACCCAAGACCUUGGAAAGCCCCGUUCAGUCCACUCUGGUCUCUGAGCUCAAGCAGAAGUUUGAGAAGAAGAGUUCACAGAACAAGGCUUACUUAUAGGGUGUCCCCCCGACCCCUCUCUUCCCUUUGCCUCCCCAUUGGCCACCCUGUUGCUUCCUACCCUCCAGUCACCAUCAUCUCCCCUAUUUUGUACAAUGAUACAACCCCCACAUGCACAGUCUGCACAGGGCCUCAGGCAAGAGAUUUCUCCAGCUAUGGGAAGCAGUUGGCAGAUACAUCCCCAUUAUCCCAUCCUUGACACGGCCAGCAUUCUCUCUAUUCAUCAGAGGCCGGGAGCUGACAAGGAGCCAACUGUGUGUUUUCUCCUCACCAGCCCCCCAUCCUCACAGUCCUGGAGUCCUACUUCUUUCUCCUUGCCCUUAGUCAAGGAGUGGGGCCCUGACCAUAUUAACCGAGAAUGUGGAUCCCAAAGCCUUAGUUAGCUAUCAGCAGGUGCAAAAAACAAAUGGAGGGCUAGCCAUGGUAAAAUGUAGGGUUAGCCCCUAGCUAAGGCAGAAAGUCUGUGAGCUUUGCAGGCUACAGGAGAGCAAUGUGGGCAAGGAGGAACAAGGUGGGCUUUGCCAAGAGUGAGGGCAGAUGAUUUUCAGUCUUCCUCGCAGAGAGAUAGAUGGAUAAAUUGCCUGAGAUCCGGGGAGACUCCCCCGCCACCCCAGCUCUGUUCACAUUGUGUAAGCUUGGCGCAAGUGUUUAAAUCCCUCAUCCUCAUCUGUGAAGUGGCAAAAGGAAACCAUGGUGCUGAGGGCUCUAGCGAAGUAUAAAGCAACACGAAUACAAAAUCGUUUUCUGUAGGCCAGUUCUCUGGUGCACUUCCUCCACAAAGAAUUAGACCCUGCAGCUGCCUGGCCAAGUGCCCCCCACCCAGCCCGGACACGCUGUGUGCUAGGUUGGGGAUGGCCACUCGUCCUAGACAACCAGAGGCUGAUCAUAGUUCUGCCUGUGACACAGUUUUCCUGUUCUUCGCCAUUUACCCCAUGUCACUGUCAGAAGGAGCUAGAGCUGGCCAACAAGACACAGGCAGAGCCUCCAUCUGACUGAGAUAGGAAAAUGAGCGACCAGAGAGUGACUUGCAUCAUGCCACACAGCGGACGGCGGCAGGAAUGUGGUCUGAGGGCUGCUGGUUCGUGGCCUUUGUCCUGGGAAGGUGCGGCAGUGUCUCAGAGGAGGGAAAUCCUGCAAGGCUGCCGUGGUUCAUAGGCAGAUCUGCUGUGGUUUAGGGAACCUUCUUGAAGGAAAUCCGGACGUGUACACAGAGAGGAAGGAUGAGCAUUCUUUGCAUUUUGCUCUACUCUUUAAUGAACCCUCUGGAAUUCAUUGGUUGUCACUGCUGUGACCAGAUCAUGCCACAUGUAGUUUUCUGCAUGUAUGAGUCUGUGUGUUGAGGUGUUACUACAUGUGCCGGUAUACAGAGUUCUUGCCUGGGGGUGGGGGGGCGGUGGAGGUGUGCAUUCCCUGACCCAGACAGUAUUGAGAAGUGGGUUCUAGCAUAGGAGAAGCCCAGCCUAGAGGGCACCCUCUAGCCCUUACUUUAAGAAGGAGCUGGGUUGGACCAUGUUUGCCCACCAUAUGGAUUACAGCAUCCUUACAACAUGCAUGCAAUCAACCUCUUUUUGUAAAUGAUAAAUAAAAUCUGUUAACCAAA